AUGGCUCUGGACGAAACAGCCAAAACAGGAAAUAUAGACCAGGUCAUCCCGAACCUGAAAGCCUGUGUCCCUUUUCUAUAUACCACAUCUCGGCAAAGUAAAUACAUGUAUGAAUUUAUUGACUUCAUCCACAAGGUCCAGUAUACCUUAUCUCCAUUUAUGAAGAUAAGGGUACUGGAAUUUUGUUUUGUCAACACCAAAGGAGGAGAAAGAGGAAAUGUUGAAGCAGACCUUGUUCAAGAACACUCUGUAAGAGCACAGAAAACACUCAUCCGCCAGUUGGGAGCAAAUAAGACAGAGAAGGCUAUACUACGUUCUGCUUCUGCUGGAGUUGUUGUUGACAGUGUCUGCAGACAGCUCGAUACAGCGCUAAACAUCAAGCCAAAAUCAUCAAGGCACACAAAGACUGUGUCUGCUGAAGAUAAAGAAAAAAUAUUACAAAUUUUGAAAACUACAAAGCCAUUUACAUUGCAACCUGGCAGGGACAUGAAAGAAUCAACAAAAAUUCUAGCGGUGCAACCCAUAGCGUUUUAUGCUUACAUGAGUGGCAAUUUGAAUAAUCCUGGUGGACAUAAUACACUGAUUUCUGAUACGGUUAAAACAAAUCAAGGCCUUGGAUACCAUCCUCUUGUCGGGGUCUUCAUCGUCCCUAAAUCUGGAACUUAUUUCUUUACAUGGACAAUGUCUCUCCAGGCCUCAUCCUAUCACUCUGCAGAACUUGUCGUUAACAAUGUCGCAAAUGGCGCCAUUUACAUUCAUACGAGUUCAGACCAGCGUGAUAGUGCUACAGGAAACCUCAUCCUUAGCGUGAACGAAGGCGAUGAAGUCUAUUUUCGCACAAAGAACAAUUUCAAUAGUGGCGGCAUCAUAAGUGAUGCGUACGGCAGAACGGAUUUCUCUGGAUUUCUGAUCGAAUAA